UAGGACGCAGAGCCGGAGGAGGCUGCAGGAUGCUCGACACCACAUCCACCGACGCUGCUCGGAGGCUUCUCGCUGGACACCGAUAUCAGACGUUUCUCUGGGCUCACCUGGUCUUAGUAUGUGCUCACAUCUCCCGUGUGUUUACCAGUAGCAGCCUGGGCCGACAGGGCGGACUUUACAGUCUCCAUAUGGGAACGAACUGAAAGUGACACCAGCUGUUAGCUGCUAUUGCUGCUCCUGUCCUACCCGAGUCCGUUUUUUUUGCACCCUGAAGCAGUCCGCACCAUGACCUCCUCUCCGCUGGUUUCUCGAGCCAACAUGGACAUCCUGGAUGAGCUGCAGCUGAUUGCUGCCCAAAAUUUGGAGAGACUAGAGGUCAACAAGUACUACGAGGUGAUCAGAGAACUGGGCAAGGGAACCUAUGGCAAGGUGGAUCUGGUGAUUCACAAGAUCAGAGGUACAAAAAUGGCACUGAAGUUCUUGAAGAAGAAGACAACCAAGCUGAAGUCUUUUCUACGGGAGUACAGCAUCUCCCUGUACCUGUCUCCGUGCCCCUUCAUCAUCAACAUGUUUGGCAUCGCCUUCGAGACCGACGAGUACUACGUGUUUGCACAGGAGUACGCCGUGGCGGGAGACCUCUUCGAUAUCAUUCCUCCACAGGUUGGUCUUCCUGAAACAGUAGCAAAGCGCUGUGUACACCAAGUAGCCAUCGCUCUGGACUACCUGCACUGUAAGAAGCUGGUCCAUCGGGACAUUAAGCCUGAAAACAUCCUCAUCUUUGACCGAGAGUGCCGCAAGGUCAAGCUGUCUGACUUCGGCAUGACUCGCCGGGCUGGCUCACCAGUGAAAAGAGUGAGCGGCACCAUCCCCUACACAGCUCCGGAGCUCUGCGAUGUGUCCCGCCACGAGGGCUUCUGCGUGGACUACAGCACUGACGUCUGGGCCUUCGGUGUGCUGCUGUUCUGCAUGCUGACCGGUAACUUCCCUUGGGAGAAGGCUCUGCCCUCUGACUCUUUCUACCAGGAGUUCAUCCGUUGGCAGAGGAGGAGGACGAACACGGUGCCGUCGCAGUGGAGGCGCUUCACCGAGCAGGCCCUUCGCAUGUUCCGCCGCCUGCUCUCGGUGGAGCAGGACCGCCGCUGCUCCGUCAAAGAGGUGUUCGGGUACUUCAGCCACUCCUGGAUGUUAGACGCGGAGAAUGAUAACAACAAUGGCAACACGGUUGCUGGAGGUGGCGAAGACGAGGAGCUUCUCGUGGAGAGGAUGAAGCAGCAGACUCUGUCGCCUCGCUCCCCAGUGUCCGGGGCCAAAGGAGGGAUGAUGGAACCCGGUGGGGGCCACCAUUUCGUGUCCGUCUCCACCAACAGCUCCGUGUCAUCCACCAACAGCUAUGAUCGAAUGCCCCGAGAAAACGGCUCACCUGGCGGCCGCAUGCUAGUGCCGACACCCAUAGAAAUCUGCGUCUGAGCAUGUCAGGACUCGCCAACACACACUUUUAUACCUCUCAUCCAACCACGUAGAUGUUCAUGCAUGGGAAAAGAAACAAAGCGAUAACAAAGUACUAACAUGUCUCCUCUUUUAAAUAUUGUGGGAAAGGAAGAGUGCAGACACACACGCGCCGGAGGACUUCUGAGGAUGUCUUUGUAGAACGCACACGUUCCUCAUGAUUGGUCGAAUGUCCUCCGAAGGAGUCCUGUUUUAACACUUGGAAUUCAAGGACACGUUCAAAAUGCAAGCGUAGAAAAAUGAAGAAAAAAACGCUACAUUAGAGAUUUACCACUAAAUUGAUCUGACAAGAAGACCAAAAUAUAUUCCUUAAAGCAAUACUUGCAGCAAAAAUAAAUAAAUAAAAAAACAUAAAAAGAUAAAAACGUCAGACAGGAGUUGGGCAGAACUCCUCAUGAUCUCUUCAACACUAAUGAGAAGUUUUUUUUUAAGAAGCCAAGGGACAAAGGAUUCAUGUUUUUGACCGAAACAGAGCUCAAGCUAACACCUUACAAGAUAAAAAGACUGACUGAGUGGUGGUUUCAGUGUUUUACUUGUAACAAAAAUAUGAAAGUGCGAAUGUGUCCGUGUGCGUCGCCGUGCGUUUGAAUCUAAAACAAGUAGUUUAAUUUUCCUUUGAGAAUUUUAUUAUUUAUUUGAAUCUUUAAAAAAAGAAGAAAAAAAAGACUACACAAUCUAUUUUUUCUAUUUUUUUGUAAGGUAGCUCUCUUUGUUUCCCAUUCGACUCAGCAUUGUGAUAUGGUGUUGAGGUAUAGCUGUGUAACAGGUGUGGUAUGCUGCUGUACAUACUGAAUACUUGCGCAUUAUGUGAGAUGAUCUACAGCUUUCCUUCAUCUCAGACUAGAUGGAGCGAAGGCGUGCGAUGUCUCUGUUCUUCACGAUAAACAUAUCUACUUCACAGUUGGAAGACUUUUUUCUACUCACUCCUGAAAUUCCGUUUGUAUGGUGUUCCUUUGAAGCGUUUUCCAAAAGAGAACAAGAAAAAGAUCUGUCUGCUUUGCUCACAUUUUCAUCCAGACCUUCACCUAAAAAUUGUGUUUUCUUUUAAACUUUGUCUGAAAAAGAAAAAUGAUCUGUUCCAAUUAAGUGCAGGGGGGAAAAGCAAACACUCAAGAGUUACUUUUUAUAAACCGCAUGACGAAUAAUUCAAACUUCGGAUCUGAACCGGCUUUAGGAGGAAAAAAAAACGAAACGUAAAAUGUUGUGAUGUGAUUUUUUUUUUUUGCAGUAGCACAAUUUCUUGCAUCAUGUCCCAGAGUGAAUAUUGCUGUUAUGACCUCUUGAGACAUCCUAGGGCUAAAAGAAAAAAAAUCUGAAUAUACUUAGUUUCUAUCCAGUGUGAUGUAUUUGUAAUGCUAUUAAUGUUGUGUGCUCAUCUCACCACCUUCAGGAACUAAAAAAAAAAAAACAAGCUAAGCAUGAGGACAUAGAGCGAGAGAUUUGAAUUUGAAUCAAAUGUAGGGAUUUAAAUGUUUUGUUUUUGGAUUUAAAAGAGCAACAAAACCAAUCCAUUCCUUUUUGACUUCAUGAAUAUCAAUUGAAAUAUUUUUUUUGGGCGGGGGGGCUGGAUCAUGCGUAGCGUGUGAAUGGAUGUUCUCUGUGUUGCUUUUCAGACCUAAACUGCAUGAAACUGUAUGUGCUAAAGCCCUCUUGUGAAAAACUGCUCAGUGUUUAUCCUGUCACAGGCUGUAGCACUCUAUAGUUGUAGUUAGUAUACCGGUGACAAACAACACGUCAGUAGCCUCAGCUCGGAUCUGACAGAGGACCAGCUCAGCCCCUCCGCAUGAUGCGUUGGAUCAGCGAGAGAGUAAAUGACUGCAUCUUGUGACAAUCUCUGACCUCAUCGGCAGCCUCCUGAUUCAGAACAAAGGACGGUCCUGAUGCGGACACUGCUCCCCAUGUGUCAACUUCAAGCAGCGCUGUGCUGUGCGGAGUAAACCGUGCGAGCCCAAGCACAUCCCACACUCGCAUGACCGUAUGAAGCCACAUUACC